AUGGCAGCGGCUCCGCUCGGCACCCAGGUCCAGUCCCGCUGCGGCUACCCGGACCGACCCGGCGCCAGUAGCACCGACUCGCUCUCUCGGCGCUCGAUUCCUGCGCCUUGUGACGUGAGGCGUUUUGUUCCUCCCACUCCAGACACUGACGCUCCUAGCAACCGGCUAGCAGCUCGGUUUCCAAGGACUGUAACGCCUUCAACCGCCCGCCGCGAUAGAGUGCCCACGACCCUGCCUCGGGAAUCCCGCUCUGCACCGCCCCACCAGACCCGGACUCGGAGCCGCGAGCGGCCCGAGAUGAGCAGCAAUGACUCGUCCCUUAUGGCUGGGAUCAUUUACUAUAGCCAGGAAAAGUACUUCCACCAUGUGCAGCAGGCUGCAGCUGUGGGCCUGGAAAAAUUCAGCAAUGACCCUGUGUUGAAGUUCUUUAAAGCCUAUGGAGUCCUCAAAGAAGAGCACAUCCAGGAUGCCAUCAGUGACCUGGAAAGCAUCAGGCAUCACCCAGACGUGUCCCUGUGCUCCACCAUGGCCCUCAUUUAUGCUCACAAAAGAUGUGAAAUCAUUGACCGAGAAGCAAUUCAGGAGCUUGAGUACAGCCUGAAGGAAAUAGGCAAGACAGUCAGUGGGACUGCACUGUACUAUGCUGGCCUUUUCGUCUGGCUCAUAGGCUGCCAUGACAAGGCCAAAGAAUACAUUGACCGCAUGCUGAAGAUUUCUAGAGGCUUCAGAGAGGCCUAUGUGCUCAGAGGCUGGGUGGACCUGACCUCAGACAAGCCCCACACUGCGAAGAAAGCCAUUGAGUACCUGGAACAAGGAAUUCAGGACACCAAAGAUGUGCUGGGGCUGAUGGGAAAGGCAAUGUACUUCAUGAUGCAGCAGAACUACUCAGAGGCCCUGGAGGUGGUGAACCAGAUCACUGUGACUUCAGGGAGCUUCCUACCAGCCCUCGUCCUGAAGAUGCAGCUGUUCUUAGCUCGGCAGGACUGGGAGCAGACAGUAGAAAUGGGACACAGAAUCCUAGAAAAAGAUGAGAGCAAUAUUGAUGCCUGCCAAAUUCUAACUGUGCAUGAGCUUGCAAGAGAAGGAAACAUGACCACAGCUACCAAUCACGUUAGAAAUCUGAUUAAGGCACUAGAGACAAGGGAGCCCGAAAAUCCAAGCCUCCAUCUUAAAAAAAUUAUUGUGGUUAGCCGACUGUGUGGGAGUCACCAGGUGAUUCUAGGGCUAGUGUGUAGUUUCAUCGAGCGCACCUUCAUGGCCACCCCCUCCUAUGUCCAUGUGGCCACAGAACUAGGUUAUCUCUUCAUCCUGAAGAACCACGUGAAAGAGGCCUUGCUGUGGUACUCAGAAGCCAUGAAACUGGACAAGGAUGGCAUGGCUGGUUUGACAGGGAUCAUCUUGUGUCAUAUCUUAGAAGGCCACCUGGAGGAAGCUGAGUACCGGCUGGAAUUCCUGAAGGAGGUGCAGAAGUCCCUUGGGAAGUCUGAGGUGCUAAUUUUCCUUCAAGCCCUCCUGAUGUCCAAGAAGCACAAGGGGGAGGAAGAGACCACAGCGCUCCUGAAGGAGGCAGUGGAGCUUCACUUCUCCAGCAUGCAAGGCAUCCCUCUUGGCUCUGAGUACUUUGAAAAGCUGGACCCGUACUUCCUGGUCUGCAUUGCUAAGGAGUACUUGCUCUUCUGCCCCAAGCAGCCCAGGUUACCAGGCCAGAUCGUGUCUCCACUUCUUAAACAAGUCGCCGUGAUCUUGAAUCCUGUAGUCAAAGCAGCACCAGCUCUGAUCGACCCCCUGUAUUUGAUGGCUCAGGUCAGGUAUUACUCAGGAGAGCUAGAGAAUGCCCAGAGCAUCCUGCAGCGUUGCCUGGAGCUGGACCCCGCCUCCGUGGAUGCCCAUCUCCUCAUGUGUCAGAUCUACUUGGCUCAGGGCAACUUUGGCAUGUGCUUCCACUGCUUAGAGCUGGGUGUCAGCCACAACUUCCAGGUCCGAGAUCACCCCCUCUACCACCUCAUCAAGGCCAGGGCCCUCAACAAGGCUGGAGACUAUCCAGAGGCCAUAAAGACGCUGAAAAUGGUCAUCAAAUUGCCAGCUCUGAAGAAGGAAGAAGGCAGAAAGUUCCUCAGGCCCUCAGUGCAGCCUAGCCAGCGGGCAUCCAUCUUAUUGGAACUGGUGGAGGCCCUCCGGCUGAAUGGGGAGCUAGUAAGAAAUGCCGUGCUCUCUUCCCUGGGGACUGGGGCACACUGGAGGCUCAGGCAUGAGGCCACCAAGGUCAUGCAGGACACCAUCAAUGAGUUCGGUGGCACACCAGAAGAGAACCGCAUCACCAUUGCCAACGUGGACUUGGUCCUGAGCAAGGGCAAUGUGGACGUGGCGCUGAACAUGCUAAGGAACAUCUUGCCCAAGCAGUCCUGCUAUAUGGAAGCCAGAGAGAAGAUGGCCAACAUCUACCUGCAGACCCUCAGAGACAGGCGCCUCUACAUCAGAUGCUACCGUGAGCUCUGUGAACAUCUGCCUGGCCCCCACACCAGCCUGCUACUGGGCGAUGCUUUAAUGAGCAUUCUGGAGCCCGAGAAGGCCCUGGAGGUCUAUGAUGAGGCCUAUAGACAGAACCCACAUGACGCCUCCCUGGCCAGCAGAAUUGGGCAAGCUUAUGUGAAGGCCCACCAGUAUACUGAGGCAAUUGAGUAUUAUGAGGCUGCCCAGAAGAUUAAUGGACAGGACUUUCUGUGCUGCGAUCUGGGCAAACUGCUCCUGAAGUUAAAGAAGGUCAAUAAAGCAGAAAAAGUUUUGAAGCAGGCACUGGAACAUGACAUUGUCCAAGACAUCCCAUCCAUGAUGAAUGAUGUUAAGUGCCUGCUUUUGCUGGCAAAGGUUUACAAGAGCCAUAAAAAAGAAGCUGUGAUAGAAACUUUGAACAAGGCCUUGGACCUCCAGUCUCGGAUACUGAAGCGAGUUCCACUGGAGCAACCAGAAAUGAUUCCCUCCCAGAAGCAACUGGCAGCCUCUAUCUGCAUCCAAUUUGCAGAGCACUACCUGGCAGAGAAAGAGUAUGACAAGGCGGUACAGUCUUAUAAGGAUGUCUUCUCCUACUUGCCAACUGACAAUAAGGUGAUGCUGGAGCUGGCGCAGCUCUACCUGCUCCAGGGGCACCUGGACCUGUGUGAGCAGCACUGUGCCAUCCUCUUGCAGACUGAGCAGAACCAUGAGACCGCUUCUGUGUUGAUGGCUGACCUGAUGUUUAGAAAACAGAAACAUGAAGCGGCCAUCAAUCUUUACCACCAAGUCUUGGAGAAAGCGCCAGCCUGGAGAUUUCUGUCUCUUAUUUUAGACAAUUUUUUGCUAUUGAAUAAAUUAAUCGAUCUGCUAAGAAGAAGUGGUAAACUUAAAGACAUUCCUGCCUUCUUUGAAUUGGCCAAGAAGGUGUCUAGCCGGGUGCCUUUGGAACCAGGGUUCAAUUACUGCAGAGGUAUCUACUGCUGGCACAUAGGGCAGCCCAACGAAGCCUUAAAGUUCCUGAACAAGGCACGCAAGGACGGCACUUGGGGCCAGAGCGCCAUCUACCACAUGGUGCAGAUCUGUCUGAAUCCAGACAACGAGGUUGUGGGCGGAGAGGCUUUUGAGAACCAGGGGGCUGAGAGCAAGUCUACCACCUGCAGCUACAUGGAGAAGAAGGAGUUGGAGCAGCAGGGUGUGAGCACCGCCGAGAAACUGCUGCGUGAGUUUUACCCACAUUCAGACUCCAGCCAGACCCAGCUGCGGCUGCUGCAGGGCCUCUGCCGGCUGGCCACCAGAGAAAAGGCUAACAUGGAGGCUGCGCUGGGCAGCUUCAUCCAGAUAGCGCAGGCUGAGAAGGACAGCAUCCCUGCCCUGUUGGCCUUGGCACAAGCCUACGUGUUCCUGAAGCAGAUCCCCAAGGCGCGUAUGCAGUUGAAGCGCCUGGCCAAGACCCCCUGGGUGCUGAGUGAGGCUGAGGACCUGGAGAAGAGCUGGCUCCUGCUGGCCGACAUUUACUGCCAGGGCAGCAAGUUCGACCUCGCCUUAGAACUGCUGCGGCGCUGUGUGCAAUACAACAAGUCCUGCUACAAGGCCUAUGAGUACAUGGGCUUCAUCAUGGAGAAGGAGCAGUCCUACAAGGAUGCAGUCACCAACUACAAACUGGCCUGGAAGUACAGUCAUCAUGCCAACCCUGCCAUUGGCUUCAAACUUGCUUUCAACUACCUGAAGGACAAGAAAUUUGUGGAGGCCAUCGAAAUCUGCAAUGAUGUCCUCAGGGAGCACCCCGACUACCCCAAGAUCAGGGAGGAAAUUUUGGAAAAGGCCCGAAGGUCCCUGAGGCCCUAGCUGGGGUCAAGGGGCCUGGACCAGUAGAAGCCAUCAACCUACUGAAGUUGUGUGGAGGGAUAGAAAGUGGGUCAGUGGAGAAGGGAUUCAGAAAAUGACACAUUCUUCCCCA